CAAGUACAGCUGAAGAAAACCGCCAUUUCAGCCCUCAGUACUCCCCAGUCACCAUAACCGUUUCAAUUCCCAGACCUAUCCAGCCACAGCUUAAAUCUAAGGCAACCACCGGUUUCCGGAACUUUCUCUCCAACUCCUCCACCGCCACAUAACCUCGCUUUACUCGUGCAAGUGACGUGACGGCUACUGAUGUGAAGUUGAGGAGAUGUCCUCGGCGGAUCAAUUUUUCUCCAUAUACGCAUUAGACGGCGCCCUAUUCGGCGUGGUCCUUGCAUGCGGUGCUGUUCGUGCUUUCCAAAAGUUUAGGUCUGACUCCGCCGCUCUCCUUAAAAUCCAGAAAGCUCCGUCCAUCCACAUCGGCGACCUCCGCAGCGUCAUCAACUCUGAGCAAUCUGAGUCGUCUGGUGAACCUCUCGUCGUCGUACGUGGAACCGUCGACGUGAAAUCAGUUGUGGAGGGCGGGAGCUGGAAGAGUCCUACUAGAUCUGACGCACUACUCUUAGAAGAGACCGGAGACAAGGCAGUCAUUAUUCAGAGUAUGCAAACAUGUAUAUACUGUGAAUGGAAGGGCUUCUUUGGAUGGACUUGUGAUUUACGUGCUCUCCUUGGAAAAUCUUUGAAUAAACGAGAGUCAACUUCAUUGAAAAUGGCUCCUUUUAUUCUUUUUGAAGGUGAUCAGUGGCUCAAUGUGAACCUAGUGGGAUCCAGGCAUCCCCUACCUCUUACUACAGUUUAUCAUCAGUUCCACUCUAAUACGUAUACAUUUUUUCAGGCAUUGUUUGGUCUUAAUGAAUUUCCUGUUGGUCUGCUUGAUGAGAAGAAAAUUCUUCCAUUAGGAGAGGAAAUUAGUGCUGUUGGCAUCUGUAGUUUCAAUGAUGGAGUCCCUGAAAUCAAGUCAUGCAAUGAGCUUCCUUAUUUUCUCUCCGAAAAGACUAAGGAUCGGAUGGUACUAGAUCUUGCAGCCAGUACAAAGAUACGAUUGUGGAGUGGGAUUGUUCUUGGUUUGAUGUCUAUUGGUGUACUUGGCUAUGCUGCAGUGAGGAACUGGAACAAAUGGAAGGAAUGGAGGCGGCGACGACAGUUGCAGCAACCAAGAGAUGGUGCUGAGGAGGAUGAUGGGGUGACAGAUGAUGCUCCGCUCUACGAGCUGUGUGUAAUUUGCUGGGUGAAAAGAAGAAGAUACGCAUUCACUCCAUGUGGGCAUCUAGUUUGCUGUGAACAGUGUGCCGCACGAGUUAAAGAGACAGAAAAAGCAACAUGCCCUGUAUGCAUCCAACAAAUUCAAAGUUCAGUGCGAAUUCAUGAUUCUUGAGGUGAACUGUUACAGCCUGAAAAUGAGCAUUUAAAUCUGCCAGAUUUAUUAGUUAGUCUCACUCUUCUUCAAGAGUACAUAAUAUAGAAUUUGUGAAUAUGUGCAGAGAAAAUUCAGCAUGUUGCUGUGUGUAAAUAAUAUCUUAGGUUCGCAUCUUUUCUUCCAAAGCUCUAACAAGCUGUCUUAUCACCCGUGAAUGCGUUUAUAUUUUAUUAGAGCAUCAUGCUUGCUACCUUGUGAGCCACAAAGAAAUCUGAGUCUUGGAACAUUUGUGAUCCUGUUUGGUUCAUGGAAUUACUAGAUUGUUAUUUCCUCCCACGUAGUAACAAACAGAACAUUUUCAU